UCCUCCAGUUCUCCCCUCCCCCUUCUGCCGGGCCUGGAAUUGGGUUUGGGGCGGGUUCUGUUUCCAAAGCCAUCUCCAACAGGCAAGGCGGGUGAGGGCUCGUCUCCACCCUGAGCCCGAAUUUUCCGAGGCUCCAGGCAGGACUUGGCUAGCCUGCUGCCCGUGGGUCAGCAAACUCGGAGUCCCAGGAGAAGAUCUCUGCGAAGGGAACUCGAAGGAUCAGGACGGCCACAGACUUUUGCGAGACAGGGACACACACUGGUGAGCUCCCAACAGGAGCCUGGACUCCUCACUCCUGAAGAUGGCUGGAAACUGCUCAUGGGAAGCUCACUCCACCAACCAGAACAAGAUGUGUCCUGGUAUGAGCGAGGCUCUGGAACUCUACAGCAGAGGCUUCCUGACCAUUGAGCAGAUUGCCACACUCCCUCCGCCAGCCGUCACAAACUACAUCUUCCUGCUGCUUUGCCUGUGUGGCCUGGUGGGAAACGGGCUGGUCCUCUGGUUUUUCGGCUUCUCCAUCAAGAGGACCCCCUUCUCCAUCUACUUCCUGCACCUGGCCAGCGCUGAUGGGAUAUACCUCUUCAGCAAGGCGGUGAUUGCUCUCCUGAACAUGGGGACCUUCCUGGGCUCUUUCCCCGACUACGUUCGAAGAGUGUCCCGGAUCGUGGGUCUCUGCACAUUCUUCGCCGGUGUGAGCCUCCUUCCGGCCAUUAGCAUCGAACGCUGUGUGUCCGUCAUCUUUCCCAUGUGGUACUGGCGUCGGAGGCCCAAGCGCCUGUCCGCUGGGGUCUGUGCCUUGCUCUGGCUGCUGUCCUUCCUGGUCACCAGUAUCCACAACUACUUCUGUAUGUUCCUGGCCCACGAGGCCUCUGGAACAGCCUGCCUCAACAUGGACAUCUCCCUGGGUAUCUUGCUUUUCUUUCUCUUCUGCCCACUCAUGGUACUCCCCUGCCUGGCACUCAUCUUGCACGUAGAGUGCCGAGCCCGGCGCCGCCAACGCUCUGCCAAGCUCAAUCACGUGGUCCUGGCCAUCGUCUCUGUCUUCCUCGUGUCAUCCAUUUAUUUGGGGAUCGACUGGUUCCUCUUCUGGGUCUUCCAGAUCCCGGCCCCCUUCCCGGAGUACGUCACUGACUUAUGUAUCUGCAUCAACAGCAGUGCCAAGCCCAUUGUCUACUUCCUGGCUGGGAGAGACAAGUCCCAGCGCCUGUGGGAACCUCUCAGGGUGGUCUUCCAGCGGGCCCUCCGAGAUGGUGCCGAGCCAGGGGACGCUGCUAGCAGCACACCCAACACGGUCACCAUGGAGAUGCAGUGCCCCUCUGGGAACGCGUCAUGAGAAGCCAAUGUCUGGGGCAAGGCUGCUGCAGAGAGCAGCCAGUAGUUUCCAGAGACUGCCCGAGGGCAGGAGCGGGGCAGCUGCCCCUGUGCCGCCAGGGAGAAGACCUGCCUUCACACAAGGCAUCUGCUUGUCAGGUGUGGCCAAGAGGCUGAGCAGCCACCUCUGGACAGACCCUGUGGCCUCUGCUCCCCAAUCAUUCUGCUUCUGUGACUCAGUGUACCAAAGUUUCCCUCACCAGUGUGGUAGGGUCCCCUCCUCAACAGAAGCUCAUGAACGAAGGCAACAAGGAGGUCACCUCCUCAAACGUGACUCAGUCAGCACAAGACUCCCUGGGCCAGCAGCCUCAGCCCCACCUUCAAGGAGUUGUUCAGCCUCUCAAGGCAGCAUCAGAACAAAUCUGAGAGAAUGGUGCUAUCUGGAAGAGGGGCCUGCCCAUGCAUUGUAACUUGCAAACAAGUCCCUGCCCCUUUGAUGAGUCAUCUGGUGACUCUAGUGGGGUAGGAUCUGGCCUUGGCAGGAUGUGAGACAGAAAGGACCUUCUAUCACCCUGGGUAGCUGACUGCUUUUCUGACGCCCCCAGCCAGCUCUCGGGGCAGCUGACUGUACACAUAGCAUCUUUCAGGCCACUGUGGUCCACUGUAGCAGCUCCCUACCACAUCCCAAUCUCUAAUACCCAUGUCAAAGUGGACUCCGGCUCCAUCCUGGCCCCCUGGAGGCUACCACCACGAUGUCACCCGUCAUUCAGCACAGUGGCCUGUGUAGCCAAAGGAAGUUUUAUAAAAGAUAAUAAAGUAUGUAUUAAUACACAUUUUUCUAACCUUGCAAUGA